ACCGUCUCGGAGACUUCGUGGUCUUAAAUAUUUCCCAGUCACAGGUGUACAACAAUACCUCAAUUAUCUUAUCACCUUUUAUCCAAUCACAAGGCUCUGAAUUAGCACAUGAUCAGACGCGUGCAGCUGAGCUUCGCAUGGCGCGGUCGCGGAACUGAGAGGUGGCAACAAAUAUGGCGUCUGAAGAAAGUUUGGAACUUGCUGGCCGCCUUUGACGAGGGAUUGUGGAUUUGUUGACAUGUAUUUGAACGAUAUGGCCCCGGAUUUAAAGUUACACAGUCCUGCCGGAGCAGAGCCUAUUGUCUAUUCGUGGCCUCUACAGAAAUCGGACGGACGCGAUGAGGCAGCAGAGAUUGUUGAAACCAUCAGAUGGGUUUGCGCCGAUUUUCCUGACCUGAAACUCGCUGUCGAGAACUAUGUUCUUCGUGAGUUUGAUUCAACCAGCUACGAAAGCAUGUCCAAACUUUGUGAACGGUACAAUCGAGCGAUCGACGGAAUUUUACAGUUGUGGAAAGGAUGUGCCCCUCCAUCAUGUAUCAAUGUUCCACCAUCUCAAGAACUUCUGCGUCACAUUAUACAGCAAGUGUACAGUCACUCUGUCAGAGAUCCCGACAAGCUGAAUGCUUAUGAACCAUUUUCUCCUGAGGUAUAUGGUGAAACAUCAUUUGAACUUGUGGCUCAGAUGAUUAAGGAAGUGCCUAUGAGUCCAAAUGAUUUAUUUAUUGAUCUAGGAAGUGGUGUGGGUCAGGUUGUAUUACAAGUUGCAGCAUCAGGAAAUAUCAAGGAAUGUUAUGGUAUAGAAAAAGCAGAUAUUCCUGCAAGAUAUGCAGUGGAGAUGGACAGGGAAUUCCGUAAAUGGAUGCAAUGGUUUGGGAAAACUUACAAACCCUACAAGCUUGUGAAAGGUGAUUUCCUAGAGGAAAAAAUGAAAGAAAAGAUACAAUCUGCAGGGAUUGUGUUUGUCAACAAUUUUGCCUUUGGACCAGAUGUUGAUCAUAAAUUGAAGGAGAGAUUUGCAUCAAUGCGAGAAGGUGCCAAGAUCAUUUCAUCCAAAGCAUUUUGUUCCCUCAAUUUCAGAACCACCUCACGUAAUUUAUCAGAUAUUGGCACUAUACUGCGGGUGUCUGAACUCAAGCCAAAUGGCCGUGCAGUGUCUUGGACAGGAAAACCUGUUUCCUAUUUUGUUCAUGUUAUUGAUAGGACCCUGCUUGAACAGUAUUUUGCAGACCUCAAAAGAAGAAAGGAGGGUAGAGACUAUAGUGAUGCCAGUAGCUUGAGUGACUCAAUGGCUAGUACACCAAACUUUGAAGAACUGGAUGAUGUUCUGUUUGGUGUUUCAACCAGACACCAGUGGAAUCAACUCAUUACCCAAAUUGAAGCCACCAACGAAGCAAAUAAGAGCCGAAGUCGAAAUUCAAGGAAAAGCCACAGCAAGAAGAGUGUGCUGCAGGAAAGGAAUGGCAUUAUGAACUCUACAUGGCAAGAUCAAGAACAGAAAGAUGGCAACAGAGGACAUCAACCAACAUUUGCCCAGAAGGUUCGUAAGAAAUACCAGAGGCAACAAAACAAGAAAGCUCAGAAGUUGAAGAAGCGUAUUAAGAAUAACAAAGGAAAGGGAAAGCAAAAAUCAAAACCAAAGAAGAACAAUUCCAUGACAAAAGUGAAGUUAAAACAGAUGUCUAAAGCAAGUGAGAAAAGGCAAAGGGAUAAUCUGGCCGUAACAGCUUUGGAAAAUGCCACGGUAGCUGCAUUGCAGAACCUUCAAAGGAGGAGAGGGCAAAAGCAGGGAAUGAGGAUUUCAUCAGCAUCGCCACCACCUGUGUCAAACAAUUUCUGCAUAGAACAGUUUCUCCCAGCUUUGGAGCAACUUAUGACUGUCACUCGGUACCAGUUCCUUCAUUUUAUGUGCCACAUGAAUUCCUCCGAAUACAAGGAAAAUCUCAAGAGGCAAAUCGAAGAACAGAAGGCAAGGAAGAAAGAAUUGAUGGGAAAGGUUUCCCUAGCCGAAAAACACGUGGAAAUACUACAAAAGGAAGCGCUGGGAAAUCUCAGAUUACGAAUGGAUGAGAUUGGUUUGACGGCAAAGACGCCUCGGGAGUUACUUAUGAAAGCAGGUGAGCUGUUGGGCGAACACAAGAAGAUGAAGGAUAAAGUAAAACGGCUGGAAAAAGAAGUCAAACAUCUUGAAAAGCACAAGAACUAUCACUCUCCUGGUGACAAAAACUCUACGAGGGAUGGAAAACUUACCAAUGGCGACUUGGACAUGGUUCAGAAACCGGGUGAAAUGCAAGCUAAAGAAAAACAGAGCUUGAUGACCCACCUCUACGAAGAGUUGAAGAAGAAAAAGGCUUUGGUUGAAAAGGUCAACAAACUGCAGAGGGAAGUCGAACAGCUGGACUCCAAGAAAAAGGUCUGGGAGACGGCCAGCGUCUCUUCUUCAAAAACUGUACACACGCAAGUUAAAGUUGGGACGUAUGCAAAACCUGUCACACAAGCCGUUAAGCCAAUUACGAGCCCAUUUUCUUCCAACUCAAGUGCGCACUUGAACAAUUCUAGAAUCUCUGUAGGCUCACCAGCACGUAGUAUAAUAUCCUCAUCAAGUGUGGCGUCCAAAGCUACAGUUUCCAUGCCUGUUCCAUCCAGAACAUUUCCUACGUCCCAGGCGCCACACUGCAGUACGCAACCUCAAAUUGUCAGCGCAUAUCACCCUUGCUUAUUGCAGCCUGUAGGCGUACCAGUUCAGAUGGUUUCGUUUGUAGAUAAAGAUGGCAGACUGAUUCCCACUACCCCUAACUCAAAGAGGACGACUCAAAAAGGGAGCAACGCUAAAAAGAAGUCCAAAGUGACCAGUCCAAGAAAACCGGAACUCAACGUGAGACUUCCGUCUUCAGCAGCAUUGUUGAACCAUCAAGUUGUAAAAACAGUUGUUUCUCCGUCAACUCCAACGGCAUCACUGAAGCAGUCACCAACAGUAUCUCGCCCAGUGCAACCUCUUGUCACCUCCCCAGUAACGUCAGUCAAUAAGUCGGGUCUUUCCAGAGGUGCGAUCCUCUCGCCUGUAUCCUUGGUGACAUCGCCUGUGACACCCACCCCAGUUCGGCAAGCCACUCCCAUUACUUCUCUACCAGCAUCUGGCAGUGGAGUUCCUGCAAUGGUUUCGUUUGCUCAGAAUAGUCUCUCGUUUGUCUCUCCGUUGAGUCCUCUAUCAGUUGCUUCAUCUCGUCUACCGACCUCAACUGCAACACCCCUCAGGUCCCUUUCGGCUUCUACGCAAAAAUACUUGAACACUUUCGCGACUCAAGUGGCUGCAACAUCUACGACAUCCCUGCCAAACCCAUCACAAGUGAACCCACCUGUUUCUACCAGUCAGUCGCCUAUUGUUGGCAGAUCAUUUCCAAACACGGACCUCUCAACCGACCACAGUGCUGGUAUAAAGCUUCUCUGCGACCUGCUGAAUGAUACUCUCCCUGAGCAGCCACCACCUGUAGCAACACCUUCAGCAAUGCGAUCUCAAGGAACACCUUCCUCGCAUACUUCGAUUUCCUCAACGCCUGACACCCCGAGGGUCGAUGAAAGGAGUCCCGUCAACACCUCACCACCUACUCCCAGCAGGACCGCUUCCAAUUCCCCUAGGACUCCUCCCGUAGGAAACGUUCUAGUAAGCUCAUUCCGUAGUGGGGUGUUGUCCUCAUCGGAACAGGCAAGCUCUGCUCAACGAACUCCAACACGUGGUGCAACUCCAACGACAAGUAAGAAGCGAACUUCCCCUUUUACAAUUGAUAGCAUUGUCAGCUCAUGCCAAGAGUCACAAACGGGAAUUAAAGGCAGAAGUCCAUCAGAAGCAGAAGUGAAAACCAACAGGAGUAGCCCUAAGAGCAGAAACAAGUCUCCCUCCACAAAUUUCAGUAUUGCACAUAUAACUCGCGACAUGAACUUGCCAAACCCAACAAGUAAAUCCCGUGUGCCUUUCGUAACAAGCCCUGGUACCUAUUCUCUUCCUCCAUCAGUUUCUUCCACUGAUGGAAAUCAGAGUCAGCGACGACAAUCCCCGCCUUUGUCACUUCUGGAGCAAAGUUCCCGAGUUGAAUCUACUGGUGUGAUCUCCUCAAACACUACCCAGAGGGAUCUUGCCCCUGUUCCUGUCAUUACGGGACCCCGUAAUGUACGCAAUGAUGGGAAAUCUACCGAAUUGCCAUCAAAAGGACAAAAGACACCUUCGUCAACGACCCCAGAGUCGAUCGCGAUCUCAGACGAUGUGUCGAGAGGAGCUCUUAUGGCAGGAGCACACACAGGUAGCACAACCAAUGCCACCAAAGGGGGUUCCGUGAACCCCAAAGGAACCGUCCUCCUUACUGGCUUUAAGGAACCAUGCCGUGGCUCUGCGACGUCUAAGGGUGAAAGUGUGUCCGAUGAAGUGUCCUCUUCCGUGUCAUCGAGUGUCGGCCCAGGGCAGGAACGUGAAUCAUCCUCGACUCAAAAUCAAGACACUGCCAUCAUCCCUGACAUUCCCCUAGACAUGAUUCCUCUCCCUAGCGGAAAGCGACCUAGUCCUAAGAAGGAAACGAGCUCCACUUCUUUGUCAAGCAGGAAGCGCAGUUCUCCCGUGCCUCAGGUACCGAAGUCCGUGAGCCCCGACACAGAGGUCAGCAGCCUUAUGGCGCACGAAUCUCUUCCCCAGUCUCCAUCAAUUUCGUCGUCUGUUUCUAAGGCGGGGUCGGCGGUGUUGGAUGGACAAGCGCCUGUGUUAGUAGACAGCAAUCCCUGUUCUGCUCGUAGCCCAAUCCCCGUAGUACCGUCUCUGAUGAUGCAGUCUCCUCUGGGAGUGUCGCUGCCAUCAUUUGGAAGCGUGUUUUCUCUUGCAAAAGAAGGUGAAGCUACGAGAGCAACGGAAGUCACUGAUAAAAACAGUCCUCAAGUGUCCCAGAAGCCUGACCAGUCGGUUGACCAGCCUUCAGAACCUCCCAAAAAGAAACGCAAACGCAAGGAAAAGAAAGGUCAGAACAAGGCAAAAGGGGCUUUGAGUUUACUCGUUCAGUAUGACAGCGACAGCACAAGUUCUUGUGGGACACACACCGAAAGUGACGACAACUCCGCCCACAGCAGUAGCCCGGUCAGCGGUACACCAAGUCCUGUUAACGCAGAAACAAGUACAGAGUCCUCUCGGAACCAGUCUAGUCGCGCUCUAUCAGAGCCAAGUCAAGAAAUAUCAGCGAAUAACGUUUCGCAAAUAAACGGGCCUACUUCGAAGAGUAAUGACGUGAGUGCCACUAACAAGAAACGCCCCAGCAAUGGAAAGAGUCCAGUGGAGAGGAAGAAGCCGAAAGGAGGUAACCCACGGAGUGAAGUUCGUCCUCCUCUGGUAAAUCUCCAUGACACAGUCAGCAGCAUGCAGCAGUUAAAAAGCGUCCCAUCCAAUCCGCAACUGCCUCCAACUCCUUCUCAUUACCAGGCUUAUGAGAGCCAGUACUCGCCGCAAGGAAUACCAGGCUAUGCUCUUCCUGGUUUUUCUAUCCCACCCGGUCCACUUAACUUUCCCACAGGUCACUCACAGUAUCCGGUGACCAUUCCGCAAUACUUCCCUGGGGAAGCGCAUCGUGUCGGGCCCGGAUACAGCACAGCACCCGGGGGACUGUUCCCUCAGUGGCGGACCAGUUACGCCCCAAUGCAGUGUCAGAAUCCGUUGCCUCCGUCGUUCAACCAUCCAAGUAAUGCAAAUAAUGGAAGUAAUGUCUAUAGAUAGAGAAUCACUACUAGUAUAUUGGGAUUUCAUUUGAUUAUUUAUACUGCAAAUGUAUGUAUAAAUUUAUGAUAGGUAUGGAAUAGUCCAUUUUACAGUUGUGUGCUUGGUUGCCAAGCCUUUGAACAGAAGUGAGGCUAAGGGUGAUCUUGUUUUGAUACAGACGUUGCUGCUAUUCAAAUAUAAAUUUCUUUGUUCUUGUGCUCUAGAUACUGGUCUCUAUCGCAACAAGGUUACCUUCAGCCUCACUCCAAAUCAAAGGCUUGGCGACCGAGUACAGGACUGUAAAAUGACCCAUUGUUAGGGUCAACAUUUAUCUAUUUAUCUUAGGAAAUUGAUUUCUCAGCGGGUAUGUUUGGGGAAAACAGUUUGUUGUGCUUUGGGGGUUAAAAGGUGUUCAAAGUUUUAUACAUCAGUGAUGGACUUUUUAAGGUUUUUACGAAACUACGGGGUGUUUUGUGGUUUCGGAAUGUCAUAUAUUUCUCAUUUUCUUUUGGUCGGUUUUAUCUCAUUUUAAGAACUGUUUACAAAGUCAGGAUUUCUCGGGGUAACAAUUGAUUUGCAUGCAAUCUAGCUGAGCUGGGUUUUACUGAAGAGGUGUUGCUAAGCAACAAUGACUUAUCGUGGACUAGUUCACGCGCCUUUGCGUGAAGUUGUCGUGUUCACUCGUGUGAUAUUCGACAUAAGCAGUCGGAAAGCAGCCGGCCGUUCUCGAACGUUUCCGGAAUACUGCCUUUUUUCAGGUAGUGUAUUCUUAGUGGUUUUAAUUGAAGUACUGUGAGGUUCAGGGUUAAAUCCUCGUCUUUCUCUGAACAGUUUAAUUUUUCUUUGCGUUGUUUUUCCUUUUCUAAGCUUUGUAACGGCUUUUCUUAGCUAGUGAACCCUUUCACUUGAUAAAAAACGAACAACUUAGGAAACAGAUGAGAGCAGAUUUUAUUAUUAUUAUUAUUAUUAUUAUUAUAUUAGAAGUUAAUUACAAGCUUUUAUUCGCGCGCAUGCAACAGAAGGUGGUUCGGACUUUCAGGUGUGACGAUAAGACCUUAGUUUGUUGAUAAUCUAUUAACGCAACCAAGGAGAACUUUCUGGUAAUGUAGGUGAUAAAUAGUUCUAAAGGGAAAGUGGAACUGUUCUCUUGAAUGCUCGCCGCCGGUUUGGAAGUUGAUGUUGAGACGGUGCUUGUUUUUUAUGCUGAAAGACAAAGUAAAAAAAAAAAAAACUUCUUAUAGACCGUUAGGUUUGAGUGAAAGGGUUGGCUAACUUGUGCAGCCUCCUCUUCCGAUAUAAUGCAGUAGCAAAAGGAAGAUAUGCGUCCACUCUUCGCGAUAAGUAAGCAACAAUUUUCCUUACUGGAUUUCAAAGUUUGCUUCAGUGUUAGGAGAAUUUGGUCGUGAAUCGAGACUAUUUUAUGUUCGAUAGCCUAUGAUGAACCUUGCUGGUCAGCGUACAUUUUCUGACCCUAGAACUGCCAAGAGCUGACUGUUUAUUCUCCCUUCUAGCCGCUACACAUUUCUUUGUAAACUACCUGCGAGAAUUUGGAGUAAGAUCAAGAUUACAGAGCUGAAUAAUGAAAUGCUAUGUCAGCGGGUAUGCGGUCAACAACGCGGGCUCGAGUGUCCUAGGUCUAAA